ACCGGCACGCUUUGGCGAUCAUGGACCACAGAGACCUGACACCCGUUUUGCAAUAUCUGGCAGCGGGCCAGGCUGGCAAGUUUGACGACAGCUGGGCAAAUCCCGAUCCAGCAACGCUUGAAAGGGCAGAAUCACUGUACAUUGCGCAUCAUGGCCGGCUCCCCAGUCCGGCCCUGGUGGUACCGAAGCAACUUGAGCCGUCGGAAAAGUUUCGAGUUUACGUUGUCAACUUUACGGAAUGUAUGCAUCAUUUCUUGGAGGUUUCUGGCGACAAGAGCGCGACCGAGGCCUUCAGCUGCAAGUCCUGGGAUGGCGUGGAGGACGAAGUGGCAAAGGCAAUGGAAGCCGUCGAAGGCCACGACAAGAGACGCCGCAGUUGGCGGAAACCCUUUGAAGCAGCGGAUAGACUUGGCGGUAUCACUGCCCGCCGCAUCGAAUUCCUGGUCCAACUAAUACCGGACGGUGAGUACACUGGUCUGCUAGCCGGCGGUCUGAGACUAUUGUGCAAUACGGCAAAGCGCAAAAAGGAGGUCCGCGAGACCAUCUUGCAGAUGCUGGACAGUUUGGGCGACACUGUCUCGCAUAGCAAGGCCCAGAUCAGGCUUUACAGCGACGACCCGGAUUUGAAAGAGAAGUCGGAAGACCUCUACAUGGCCAUUCUGGACUUUGUUGCCUACGUCGUCUCUUAUCUGAAUCGAUCAAGUGCUAUUGAGUCUUUCAAGGCCUUCUUUCAGCAGACAGACUAUGGGUCGAAGCUAGAUGAUGCCGUUGACAAGGUGAAGAAGGCCUCAGCAUCGUUCGAGGGCUCUGUGUCAAUCUGCUUCCAGACGCGCGUCGAGAUAAUUGACAAGAACGUCCGGGCUCUGGUAUCGCCAAUCAUGGCUUUAUACUUCACCCUUGGCGGACUUGUGAGAGAUUUUCCCACCCAGAUGGAACAGCUUGUAAGAAAAGAGAUGCAAAACGCGGCCAUGUUUCAACCAACUAUGCAUUUCAUACAGUUUGUGGGACCAAUGCAGCCCCAAAUGCCACCCCCUGGGUUCAAUGCUUCUCAGUUGUGGCCGCUGCUCUGCACCAACUGGAACGGCGGUAGCCCAACCGUGGCGGAGGAUUUACUGGCCAAUUCCAAGGCGGACGUCCAGCUAGCCCUGAGAUUGCCGCCAUCGUCCAGGGGUCAGAACCAGAUCGGAUAUCUCCUGAUUGAAGAUGCAUUCGUGGUCUGGCUCAAGUCUCUCGAGUCACAGAUCCUUGUCCUCCACGACGAGCAGUCGCUGGAAGGUACCAGCUCGUCGCUCUCCACCCUCAGCUACCUCUGCGCCUUGAUCACCGAGAUGAUGUCCGCCCCUGGCAUGGUCCGGCUCUGCUUCUUCUGCGGCCUGCACUCUGCAGACGGCGACGUUCUGGGAGGCGGCUACGGACUGAUGCGCAGUCUGGCGCUGCAACUCCUGCAACCAUUUGGGGGGAACGCCAACCUUUCCACGACCGGCUGCGACCUGAAUCUGCUCGGUCAAGGGCUCAUGAUGAACGAUUUAUCGACGGCUUGCUCCGUCUUCAACAUGCUUUUGCACAACGUACCCGUCGGUGUUGUCUACAUCUUGGUAGAUGGCGCAUUCUGGUAUGCGUCGGGGUCACAUGGCGAUGAAAUGGCGGCUGUCAUGGCGUUCCUGAACCGACUCGUCAUCGAAUCGCGAGCUAAUGCUAAUAGAGGAUUGGUACUCAAGAUUCUUGUUACGAAUCCCACUCCUUCGCAGCGGAACAGCUGGGAUAUACAGGCGGCCGUCGUUCACCUUGAACAAUCGCUGUUUGAGGAUAGCCAUGAGGUAGAUGUUCAGCGCAUGAUCGCUGGCUUCUGA